AUGAGUGUUCUCAAUCUCAAAGUGGGUUUCUAUGGUGGUGCAGAAUCACUGUUCGAUAUGCAGAAAGAGCACAGUGUUACGUUGCCAGCAUCCGGUCCAGUAUCGAUCGCUGAUCUGUUGCGCUAUAUCAAGGAAUCGAUGUUGUUGGACAAAUCACGAUCGCACCUAUUGCUAGACAAAGAAUGCAAAAAUGUUAGCCCCGGGAUUCUGGUACUCAUUAAUGACCGAGACUGGGAGCUGGCCGACGGUCCAAGGACGAUACUCAGCGAAGGCGACAGUGUUACGUUCAUUUCAUCGAUACAUGGCGGAUGA